AUGGCUUCAUUCCUCCGUGGAAAGCAGGCAGGCAUGCAGAAGGACCUGUCUGCUGCAAUCCUCCCCCACCUCUUCGAACCAGACGAACAGGCGCGCUUUGGUGUCAACUCACAGAUCAGUUGCCUCGCAUACGAUCCGACCCAAUCCCUCCUAGCCGUCGGCACCAACGAGUCCAAGUUCGGCAACGGCCAGAUAUACGUCUUUGGACAGGGCAGGAUACAGAAAUAUUUCCAGCUCACCAAGCCAGGCUCCAUCCGAAGCCUCCACUUCUGUGCCAAUCGGCUCGUCAGCCUCAAUAAUAGGGGCGAGCUGACAAUAUGGGAUCUUGACACGGCCAAGAGGAUCGCUGGCGGUCCCUGUGGCAGCGGCGUCGUCUGCCUGGUGACAGAUCCCAUGUUGGAUUGGGCUUUCGUCGGCCAGUCAAGUGGCGAGGUGGCUGCAUACGACCUGGACCGUGAGAGGCUGUCUCCCUUCCGGACUCCCAACUUCUGGCGACAGAAAGACCCCAAAGCCACCAUGGCCCACCUCGUCUCCAUCCAGCUACACCCUCGCGACAUUGGCAAGUUGCUGAUAGCCUACACCCACGGCGCUGUCAUAUACUCGUUCAAACAGAAUCAGGCCACCAAGUUCUUCGAGUACGUUCUACCCGCAGGAGCUCCUGGCGGCAACUCAGAGAAUCUCGACUCUGUGCGGAGGCCGAGAUUGACACAUGCUACCUGGCAUCCCACCGGCACUUUCAUCCUGACAGCUCACGAUGACGGGAGUCUCGUAUUCUGGGAUCCCAAAGACGGCCGAGUCGUGAUGGCAAGAUCCUUGUACGAGACGAGAGUGGACCAGGUUGCUUCCAACCCUCCACCCCCAAGACUUAUCCAGCCCUUCACCAAGAUCUCGUGGUGCUGCAAAGAGAAUCCGGACGAUACUGCUCUCCUCAUCGCUGGGGGACAAGCAACAGACGAGCCGGAAAAGGGUUUGACAUUCCUAGAGCUGGGCCAGACCCCGGUAUACGCUACCUCUUCCUGGCAGGCACUGGAGGAUCAUUUCAAGGCCAAACGCCAACAUCUUCUACCCAUUCCGCCCGGGACGGAAGUGACGAACUAUUGUUUACUGCCUCGCUCCUCACCCCAUUUUGCCGGAGCUCAAGAUCCAAUCGCAAUACUGGCUACGCUGUCGUCGGGCGAGCUGAUCACCAUGAGUUUCCCUUCCGGAUAUCCAAUCAGCCCAACCAAUCAGCUUCAUCCUUCGCUCUCUUUUGUCCAUCCGUUUGUUACCAAAAUCGUGGUCUCGACCUUGGAUCGGGGUCGGUGGCUGGGGAUGAUGGAGAAGCGGAGCAAAGGAGAGGAUCUGCUCAAGGGGGGCGCCGAGGCCCCAAAACCGCGAAGGCGAUAUGAGGGCAGGAACAUAAUCCUGGUGGCUCACGCCGACAGUACAAUCCGCCUGUGGGAUCUUGGCCACGCCGAUGAGAUGGAAAACCCGACCCAGCUGCAGGUCGAUCUCUCCAGAGCUCUCGAUCGAUUUGAAAACGUCGACGUAUCUGCUAUGCACUUGGCGCCAAACACCGGCGACUUCGCAGCGGGUACGACUAGCGGCGACGUUGUGAUCUACCGAUGGGGUGGAAACCGAAGCUUCGGCCAGGACGAGUCAAAGCAACUCGAAAGCAACCCCGGUGGUCUAGUUGACAUCAGCUCGAGAACUGAGCCGUCGCUAAAGGAAGGACUUCAGCCCUUUAUCCUGUACGAGACGGGGCAAGGGCCCAUCACCGCGCUCUGCGUUUCGGAUGUUGGUUUCGUGGCGGUAGGUUCUGAGGGGGGUGGUAUCAGCAUCAUCGACCUGCGUGGACCGACUGUCAUCUUCAAGGCAUCCAUGGGCGAGCUGGCACAGAAAGAAAAGAGGUCGUCGUUUCUCAGGGGGCACUCGAGCGCCACGGCGACAAAGGACUACCCAGUGGUGAUUGAAUUCGGAAUCAUGACACUUGAUGAUGACAACUACUCCAGCAUCGCAUGCUUUGUGGGCACCGCUCAGGGCAAAGUGGCCACAUUCAAGCUGCUACCCUCUGGUAACGGCUAUUCAGCCAAGCUGGCCGGCGUUGCCAAUCUGGGCGACAGAGUUAUUGCCAUCUGCCCCAUCAAAACAGACUCUGGCCAGCCAGCUGCAGCUACUCCCGAGAUUAUGGGUGGCCUUAGAAACGGCCAGCACGUGAACGGCGUACUGGUAGUCGCGACUCAAACUGAAGCACGCAUAUUCAAACCUGCCAGCUCCAAAGGCGCCUCGAAGUCCUUCGACGAUAUCCUCUGCGACGCAGCCGCUGUCACCGAGUUCGAGCUGCAUGGUUUCGCGUUGGUAGCGACAUUCGGCGAUGGCACCACACGCGCGUUCUCUCUUCCAGGUCUGAAAGAGAUCAGCAAGGCCCCACUCCCCAUGCUUGACCCCACCCGAAGCACAAGCAACAUCGUCGCAGCGACUGGAGACGUCAUCGGCUGGGCCGGGCCCUCGGAGCUCGUUAUCAUUCCUGUGUGGGGCACUGGCACUGGCAAGGCUGGGCUCAACAAUGACGACAAGCUCAUCAACCCCGAGGCCGUGGUACCUCCGCGCCCAACGAUUUCCAACGUGCAAUGGCUCUCUGGGACGCAAUACGUAUCACCCACAGAUCUCGAUCUGCUGAUCGGUGGGCCUGACAGGCCGGCCUCGAAGAGGAUGAUUGAGGCAGCGGAGCAAGAGGCAAGGCUGGCCAGGGGAGCCCCAGGCGCAGUCUCCUCUGGGGCAGCAGGUCAGGAAGGCUGGGGUGAAUACUUACAGCGGCAGAUCAACGAGAGGACGGAAAAAUUGAAUAUUAUGGGGGACAACAUGGAGAGCCUCAACGAUAAUAGUCAGGGCUGGGCUGAUGAUGUGAACAAGUUCAUUGGCAAGCAGAAGAGGAACGUUGUAAUGGGGGGGUUGAAGUCCAAGUUCUUCUAA